AUGGCGAUAGGAGAGUCGAGAACAGAGCUAUUACAUUGGCUCAAUAGCACAUUAGACCUCCUGUAUGGGAAAGUUGAGAAUUGUGGGACGGGAGCAGCGUACUGUCAGCUAAUGGACUCAAUAGUGGGAGGCAUUCCGAUGACAAAGGUCAAAUUUAAUGCCCAGACAGAAUACGAUUACAUACACAAUUUCAAGAUAUUACAGGCUAGCUUCACCAAGCACAAGGUAAAUAAGACCAUAGAUGUCGAGCGGUUGGUCAAAUGCCGGUUACAGGACAACCUCUUGCUAUUACAGUGGUUCAAGAAGUUCUGGCAUGAGAACAAGGAUGUAAAUGGGGUGUAUGACGCGGCCUCUAAACGGAAAGUGAGUGGACUGUACUCCAAUGGCAGCGGAUUCAGCGUGACUCCACAAGAACGGUCGAGGACGUCGUCAGAGUCGUCGCUUGGGUCGCGUCGUACGACGUUGCCUAGCAGAGUGCCAUCGACGGGCCGUACGUCCAUCACGCCAAACACCCCCACCAACACCACAAACAAACUUGCGCAAUUGAACAAGGAGUUGGCCGACACGACCCACGAACUUUCCACGGUCAACGAGGAGCUUCUGGAGUACAAGAUCCUGGCCGAAAGCCUUGAAACAGAGCGAAACUUUUACUUCAACAAAUUACGAGAAAUCGAAAUUCUCACCGAGAACUUGAAACACCUCGACGAGUCCGAAUUUAGCAAAUUAUCUGUUAAUGAGUUCAUAGAAAAGGUCCAGUCGAUCCUUUACUCCACCGAGGAAGGGUUUCAGUCGAGUAAUGAUCAGGUAGAUAUUGAUGGAGAAUCCUUUUAA